UUAUUCACAUGAAGACUUCCUUCUCUCCAUAACAUGAAGACUUCCUUCUCUCCAUAACAGGCUCUCUGGUCUCUCUCUGGACGCAGAUGCCAAGGCAUCUGAAUACGCAGCCUUCACUGGACUACCAGAUAUUAAGAGCAAAAGAUUAGAAGCUCUGCUUGAAGAGCCUGUCCCCCUAGGACUCCAUCAACCUCUCACUCUCUCGGCAAGUGGCUCAGACACUAACCUGUGUGGGUUUCUGUUGCAAGCCAGCGGAGGGGGCUUGACCUCAAAGCAUUGAAAGGAAGUCACAUGAUGAUGCUUGAUAACAAAAUGGUCUCAGGGUCCCCACCGACCCGACAAUGAGCCCCGCCGCUGACCCCAGCGCCUGUGAGGGAAAGGCGCGCUUCUGUGAGGCCCGAGGAUCCCGUGAGUCCAGGCUCUCUGCUGGUCGCAGCACACUGGUUCCCUCAGAUCGGGGAUUUCUGACAUCUUGCACUGCAUCAGCUUGGAGUCAUGCAUAAUUUAUAAGAAUCUGGCAAAACCUCAGAAAAGAUAGACUUACCGGAUGUCAGAGGCCGGGCAGGCAGGACCCAGCGCUGAGGUGGACUGAGGCUCCGGGUGGCCCGAGGCCCUGGGAAGCGGGGCUGCGGCUUCUUGGGACUUUCUUCUCCCGAUUAGUGAGACAAGGCGAGCCACAAACCGCAGAGCCCAGGCUGGCGGGCGGAGGAAACGGGAGCCGACCCAGCCUGGAGCUCAGGCUGCUCCAGACGCUUCCCGGCGCCAGGUCCGGGACGGAGCCAUCAACCCGUGCUAAGAGGAAAGGAAAUGGCCCAAGAAGCGACUCUGAACAACCUCCAGGAGCGGGAGUGCGAGGCUAUCUUGCAGGUGCUCUACCGAGACCGGGCCGUGCGAAGCGUGGAGGAGGAGAGGAUCCGGAGACUGAAGGCACACCUGCAGCACCUGCGCUGGAGAGGCGCGAAGACUGCGGGCCGGGAGUGCCAGGAGAGGUCCUGUGCCCGCUGCCGCCGUGCGCUGGGGCCCCUGCUGAACCGUGGCGCCGUGUGCCAGGGCUGCAGCCACCGUGUCUGCCCCCAGUGCCGGGUGUUCCUGCAUCGGACCGGGGCCUGGAAGUGCACCGUGUGCUUCGAGGACAGAAACGUAAAAAUAAAAUCCGGAGAAUGGUUCUUUGAGGAACGAGCCAAGAAAUUUCCAACUGAAGGCGAACACGAGACAGCUGGGGCAAAGCUCUUGAAAUCUUAUCAGAAACUCAGCAGCAUUUCGGUGGUGCCUCCUACCCCGCCGCCACUCAGCGAGAGCCAGUGCAGCGGCUGCCCGGGCAGCAGGUUACAGGAACUCGGUCAGUUUAAAGGAUUUAAUAAGUCCAUGGAAAAUUUGUUUCUGUGUGUUACCACCCACAUGAAAAAACUCUCCAAGUCCCAGAAUGACAUGACCUCCGACAAGCAGCUCCAGGCUGCGGGCUCCGGGCGGGGAGCGGACCGGACGGACAGACGGAGCCAGUCGGACACGGCGGUCAACGUCUCCUCCCGGAAGGUGAGUGUACCUGCUGUUCUGCAGCCUGUCAAUCCAGGCAGCCCCAAACGCUCUACUAGCCCUGUUUUGAAGCCAGAGGAUCUGUCAUCCAGCCCAGUGCCCAACGCUUUAUUCUCAGGAGGCCUGAGACAUGCAGAAAACGGGAUUAAGAAAACACUGAUGCGUCUUCCUCCCAGCCCUCGGCUCCCUGCCCGCGCUCACCUGUCCUGUCUGCUCUGCAGGUACGUCAAGACCUACCUGCUGCCUGACCGGUCCUCCCAGGGCAAGCGCAAGACCAGAGUCCAGAAGAGCACAGUGGACCCGGCCUUCCAGGAGACCCUGAAGUAUCAGGUGGAGCUCGCCCAGCUGGCGACCCGGCGGCUGCAGGUCUCAGUGUGGCACCUGGGCACGCUCGCCCGGAAGGCGUUUCUUGGAGAAGUGACCGUUCCUCUGGCCGCGUGGGACUUCGAAGACAGCCAGACGAGGUCUUUCUGCUGGUAUCCUCUCCGGGCCAAGGCAGAAAAAGGCGAGGACAGUGUUUUCCCCACCAGUAACGGAGAACUUGCGGUCAGGGCCAAACUGGUCAUCCCAGAAGGGCCCAGGAAGCCCCAGGAGGCCCAAGAAGGGACAGGCCAGCCAUCAAACAAUGGCCAGCUCUGCUUGGUAGUGCUGGGAGCCAGGAAUUUACCUGUGCGGUCAGAUGGGACCUUGAACUCAUUUGUUAAGGGCUGCCUCACCCUGCCCAACCAGCACAAGCUGAGGCUGAAGUCCCCGGUGCUGAAGAGGCAGGGCAGCCCCCAGUGGAAACACUCCUUCGUGUUCAGCGGCGUGAGCACCGCCCAGUUGCGGCAGGCCAGCCUGGAGCUGACCGUCUGGGACCAGGCCAUGUUCGGGCUGGGCGACCGCCUGCUGGGAGGGGCCAGGCUGGGCACCAAGGAGGACCCAGCGGUCAGCACCAACUCCUGCCCCCAGGCAAAGCUUCAGUGGCAGAAAGUUCUUUCCAGCCCGAAUUUAUGGACAGACAUGACACUCGUCUUGCACUGAGGCAGCACCGGUGUGGGCGCGCGGCGCUGCUUGGAGACCGGCAGCUGGGAGCCGUGUGCCCUGCACCCCAGCUCGCUGUGCGGCUGGCACCCCUCCCUCCAGCUCUCCCACUAUGGCUCACGCCUGCCUGAGCCUGUGGCAGCCCCGAUCCCACUGCUGAGCGGGCAGACUGGGCUCGGACGUGCGCCCUCACGUGUCUCCGAUGCUUUGCUCAGAACACAGGCAUGUCCUUAGGUGAUGUGUGACUUCUAAGUUCAACAGAGCAGCUGUUGGGUUCCAGAAGUAGGACUCAGCUUGGUUGUGUGGAUGUGGGAAAUGGCUGGACUUCAAUAAAUGUUCAAGUUACCUGUC